GGACAAUCGACGGUGGCUAUUCAUUUCGCAUCGGUUCCAGCUGCCUGUAGCGCCUCCAUCUAUCGGGCACUUGAAAGUCACCGCAACGGGAGCCCAGGGCUCACCGCAGGAGGCAGCAUGAAGCGUGCAUCCGUUGGUCGUGGGGAUGCAGCCUCUGCAGCGCUCUCAUCACCCUCGUCUGCCUCUUCCUGCUCCUUGCUGGAGCCGUCUGUGCUGGAUUCCGCUUCGACCUCGCAGUCUGGUGCUCCAAUACGCCAGCGGACCCUAGACUUGAUCGAUCAUAUAGACGUCAAUUCUCCUGAUGUCCGUGGCAGCAUCGACGGCUCCGAAGGAGAGCAAAAUGACCUCAACGUCGUCGCCGCGUACAAGGCCCACUUUCGAGAGGACCCGGUCGCAUUCUUGCAGCAAGUCUGGGCUUAUGGACAAGGCGAGGGAUGGAGAGGAUACACAGACUACAUAGGCACCCCCAUCUUGUACCCAUCUUCAUCUACCGAAGCCAUCCACGGCGUGCUGACGAGCGAAGCGGUGCGCAUGCGAAUUCAGGUUCUCGUAUCCAAGCGUCUUGACAGGCUCCUUCCCGACUCGCACGCUCCUGCCGAUGACAAGGAACGCAAGCAAUACUUUGUCUUUCGCGAGCGCAGGCGACGCGAGAUGGAAGCCCAACUGACCGAUGUUGCGGCAGCCAUGAUGGAAAAGUCGGCAGCAAGGCUUGAUAGCCUUCCUUUCCUAAAGGUCUUUGCCGCCAGUGUCAACAACAUCUUGGCGAGGAUGUACAACCAGGGUAUUCACAUCUCGGCACCCGAGGUCAUGAAUCUCCGCAGGGCAGCAGCUCAUGCGGCCGAAAAGAAACAAAGCCUGAUCUUUCUUCCAGCACACAAAAGCCACAUCGACUAUCUCACAGUCAGCUGGCUAAUGUUCCGUCUAGGGAUUGCCUUGCCGCACAUUGUCGCCGGCGAGAAUCUGGACAUUCCAGUUGUGGGACAAAUUCUUCGCAGGGGAGGUGCCUUCUUUAUCAGGAGGCAGUUCAAGGGGGAUGAACUUUAUCCGAUCGUCAUUCGUGAAUAUAUCGAGCAACUCCUCGCAGCGGGAAAGAAUAUCGAAUGCUUCAUCGAGGGCACGCGCUCGAGAACGGGAAAGCUCUUACCUCCCAAGCUAGGAAUCCUCAAGUAUAUUGUAGACGGCUUGAUGGACGGACGCACGAACGAUGUCUGGAUCUGUCCCAUAUCGUUACAGUACGACAGUGUCAUCGAGAGCGAGACGUACGUCUCGGAACUACUGGGAAAACCAAAAGAAAGCGAGACACUACUCGGGCUGCUAAGCGGUAGCUCCAGCUUAUUGCAGCUAAAAAUGGGAAGGAUCGACAUCCGCUUCCAGCAGCCUUGGUCGCUCAAAGGCUUCAUGGAGGAGCAACGCGAGCGUCGUGACAUUGCACAGCAUCCUGGCUCGCCCGCCAUUCCGUUUGACGCCAAGAACAGGCCUCAGCACAAGCUUAUCCUCCUCAAAGCGCUCGGCUACCGCAUCUUGGCCGAUAUCAACAGCGCAUCGGUCGUCAUGCCCGCAGCCCUCGUCGGAACAGUUAUCCUCACGCUGCGCGGUCGCGGCGUCGGACGUCGCGAGUUAAUUCGCCGCGUCGAGUGGCUGCGCUCAGCCAUUCUGGCGAAAGGCUACCGUGUCGCCGACUUUGGGCAGAUGUCGAUAGGUGAAGUAGUCGAUCGCACGCUCGGCCUCAUGAAGGACCUCAUCUUUGAGCACAAGGACGUCAUGGAGCCGACAUUCGAGCCCAUCAGGCGCUUUGAGCUCUCGUUCUACCGCAACCAGGUCAUGCACGUCUUCGUCUCUGAGAGUCUGGCAUCCGCCACGCUCUACACGGCCGUCAAGCAAGGCGGCGCAGCGCCCAAUCAGCGUCUGACGCGCGGCCAGUUCGACUCCGAAGUGGCGUUCUUGAGUAUGGUGCUCAAGAACGAAUUCGUUUAUGGGACCGAAUCGCUUGGCGACAAUGUCGACAAGACGAUCCAGACUCUUGUCCAAGAUCGCGUGUUCAAGCGUUUCGAGGACGAGACCAUCGGCCUCGCACCGCAGGAGAGGGACAUUGGACGGGAAAACUUUGACACUUACUUGUUCAUGGUCUGGCCUUUCAUUGAGGGCUACUGGUUGGCAGCCUGCGCUUUAGUGUGCCUGACGCCGAUUCCAGAGAAUGCGGGAGCGGCUGGCUCGACUGCCUGGUUCGCGUCCAAGGACUUUGAGAAGCGCGCGCAGCUCUUUGGCAAAACGCUCUACCAGCAAGGCGAGCUGAGCUAUCUGGAGGCGAUCAACGUCGCUGUGCUGCAGCAAGCGUUUGGGCGAUACGAGGAGCUGGGCAUGAUCAUCCGUAAACCGUCGAACGCAGUCAAGCCCAUCCCGCUCGUGGCGCUGCAUCCGGACUGGAGACCUACAUGGAAGGAAGGUCAGCUGCAGCCUACUGGAAAGCUCUGGGAGCACCUGGAAAGACUUGGUCGCUUCAGAAGAGAAGGCAAAGAUCGGAGAGAGCAGCUCGUCAGCCGCAAGAUCUUACAGCACGCCAAUGGCAAUGCUCCGCCCGUCGUCGAGUGGACCAAGGAACAAGAGCGGUGGGCAGAGGACCGCGCGCACCUAUGAAAUAUUUAGUUCUACAAUCAGCGCCCUUUGAUUGCUUGUGUUUCAUUUGCUUUAAAUGGUAUGAAUCGUAGGAGUAUGGAAUUGAACGAUACCAUGCGAC